CGUUUAACCGUCAGGCGCCUCCACAUUAGAAUCCAAACGUGUGUAUGCUGAUUUCUUCUCACAAAACGGAAUAAACUAUCACACAAACAUGGACUUGGACUCCAUGAAAUAUGCGGAGCUGCGAAGCCUUGCUAAGGAGCUCGGGCUUAAGGCGAACAUGAAGGCAGAUAAACUCUUGAAAGCGAUCAAGCAGCAUUAUCAACAAGAAAAGAACAAGGAGGAGGAAAGGCAGGGACAAGAGAAAGAUAACACUAACGUUACUGUUCAAGAAGACGACAAUGCGACAGAAGACGGUGCUCAGGAAAAUGAAGACUCAUCUUGCAAGGAAGAAGUUUCCAGCCCCACUGUGUUUGUGAACACACGUCGAGGCAAAGGAAACUGUACCAAGAGAAAGCUCUCUGAUACUGCACCCGUGACCGAGUGUAAUGCCAAGUUAUCUCCAAGUACUGUAGAGGGUGACACGGAAGUGGCUGCAUCUGUUGAACGCUGUGGUGCAAGGGGUUCAAAGAAGAGAAAAGUGUCCUGUGCCAAGGAUUCUGACAAAACUGAGCCUCUUGAGGAGCCCCAGGUCCCUGACAUUAAGGAUGAAGCACCCAUGCAUGAUGAUGCAGAAAAAGCACCAACAGUGGCCAAAGCUGGUAAAAUCCCUCGUUAUCAAAGGCUUCAGCAGAAGAACAAGCCAGUGUUGAAGCCUGUCACUCCUAACUUCAAAAAACUCCAUGAGGCACAUUUUGAAAAGAUGGAGUCGAUUGAUUCCUAUGUCCAGCGAAAGACUAAGCAAAUGGACACUUACAGGAGUUCAGUUAAAGAACCAAAGAAACCUUCAGACAAACCUAAACUACAGCAAGUUGAUGGCAAAACUCAAGUGAGGGCAAAUACAAGUCGUGCGUCCAUGUUCAGCCCUGUGCCGCUGAAUAAGACAGCAGCUGAGGACAAACGCAGACACACUUUGCUCUCGGCCCGUAAAGUUCCUCUUAAUAAACCUGCUGUGAAGGAAGAUGCUCCGUUCAGACCGUCAGUCCUUUCCGCUCGCAGGAUCAAUGUUCGGUUCUCAGAGGCCACUCAUGACAAUGAGCAUAAGAGGUCCUUACUGAAGACACCGGCACGCAGGUCUCUCUGUGUAACCUCAAGCACCCCACUAAAGGCGACUGCUGAUGACGGAAAGCCCAACAAUGUCAAGACUUCAGUUUUCUCUGCCACCAAAACUUCAGGACCAUUUGUUUUCACCGGCAACACAAGUACUUCAACAACCCCUGGAACACACAAGAAGUCCAACUUUGAUCUGAAGGCGAGUCUCUCUCGUCCCCUCACCUACAAGCCUCAUACAGGUAAACUGAAGCCGUUUGGAGAGACCAAAGAAAACACAGCUGGAAACAUGGCAUCGGGAAACAAGUCACUGAUCUCAAACUCUCAUCAGAAAAAUUACAAACAGCACCAAGUCCAGACAAGGGGGGACCGGAGAGCAAAACAUGUGGAAGACCGGAAGCAGAAGAAAGAGAGUAUGCUUGGUGCAAGAAGAGGCCUUGUCAUGAUGUAAAAAUAUUGUGCUUGUUUGUAGACAUUUGUACAGCCUCUUGUUCCAGUGUAAAUAUUUUGUCGUCUGCAGCUGACAUUCAUUUAUUAAGUCUCUUUUAGCCCAUCGUAUCAAAGUAGACAAGCUCACAUUUUCUGCUACUGUCUGCAUUUAGAUUAGAUUUGUGCAUUAGAUUUAAUGUCGUAACUUUGAAUUAUGACUGAGUAUUUUGAUGUGUAGAGAAUCUAUGUCCUGUUAUGCUGCAUUUGAAACUGUUAAUUUUGUUCUUAAAAAUUUGCUGUUUGCUGUUUUUACUCUGGGGGGGGGUGCUGAUAAAUACAUUGGUACAAAAGA